AUGGCCGUCUCUGACCCCCUGUGGCUGGCCUUGGCCUCCUGCAUCCUGACUCUGGCCUCUACAGCGCAGCAAGGUUACAGAGACCCCAGAGAAGCCAGUUCCCAUGGGCUGGACUUGGCCUGUGGAGCCCCCGGCACCCCAGAGGCGGAGGUCUGUUUUGACCCCUGUGAGAAUCACACCGUCCUGGACGAUCCCUCCCGGAGCACGUUGAACUCGGAUGACCUCCAGCAAUGCGACCAGGAUCUGAGAGGCUGGUACCGCUUCGUGGGUGAGGGAGGAGCAAGGAUGCCCGAGACCUGCGUUCCAAUGCUGCGAUGCCGGACGGCCGCUCCCAUGUGGCUAAACGGGACCCACCCCGUCCUUGGGGACGGCAUCGUCACCCGCACCGCCUGUGCCCACUGGAGUGACAACUGCUGUCUCUGGGCAUCUGAGGUGCAGGUGAAGGCCUGCCCGGGCAGGUACCACGUGUACCGGUUGGACGGCACCCCGAAUUGCAAUCUGAGAUACUGCACCGACCCCGCCACCCAGGAGGACAGGUGUGAGCCCGGCUGCCGCCCCGAGGAGCAAUGUCUCCCUCAAGAUGGCAUCUGGAGUUGCGUCUGCAGACGGGACCUCAAUGGCUCUGAUAUUCAGAAUUUGCAGCCUCAGCUGGACUGUGGGGCCAGCGAGAUCGAGGUGAAGGUAGACAAGUGUUUACUGGGAGGCCUCGGUUUUGGGGAGGAGGUCAUCGCCUACCUCAGGGACCGAAACUGCAGCAGCAUCCUGCACAGAGAGGACGGGAACUGGAUGUCUGUGUCCAGCCCCGUCCAGGCCAGUGCCUGUGGGAACAUUCUGGAGAGUAAUGGAACCCAUGCCCUCUACAAAAACACUCUCUCGUUGGCCAGUGACUUCAUUAUCAGAGACGUCAUUGUCAACAUCAACUUCCAGUGCGCCUACCCGCUGGACAUGAGGGUCAGCCUCCAGACUGCGCUGCGGCCCAUUGUGAGUUCCCUGAACAUCAGUGUUGGGGGGCAGGGAGAGUUCACUGUCAGGAUGGCCCUCUUCCAAGACCAGAACUACACGCAUCCUUACGAAGGGGAUAUGGUUGUGCUGUCGGUGGAGUCCAUGCUCUAUGUGGGCGCCAUCUUGGAGAGAGGAGACACGUCCAAGUUUAAGCUGUUGUUGAGAAACUGCUAUGCCACACCAUCAAAGGACAAGGAGGACCCUGUGAAGUACUUCAUCAUCAGAAACAGCUGCCCAAAUCAACACGAUUCCACCAUCUAUGUGGAAGAGAAUGGGGUAUCCUCGGAAAGCCGGUUCUCAGUCCAGAUGUUCAUGUUUGCUGGGAAUUACGACCUAGUUUUCCUGCAUUGUGAGGUUCAUCUCUGUGAUUCCCUUAAUGAGCAGUGCCAACCGUCUUGUUCAAGAAAUCAACUCCGCAGUGAAGUACCGGCCCUUGAUCUAGCCCGGGUUCUAGAUUUGGGACCCAUCUCUCGGAGAAGUGCCCCAUCUCCCGGCGUCAUGAACGGAGCCCCUGGCACUGCAGGGUUCCUGGUGGCCUGGCCCGUGCUCCUCCUGCCUGUCCUCCUGGCUUGGCUGCUCUGA